GGAGAGAUUUGACAGCUGUCAAGUGAACAAGUGUUUUUUUCCACUGCGUGUCUUUGGUGACUUUAAAUAUAAAAAUAAAAUAUUUAAACUAAACUAAAACAAACAAAAUUGAUUUCAUUUUGUAAAUUAAAUUAAGUGAAACCCAAAAAGCAAAUUGGACCGGCGCUCAGUGCGAUAAAAUUUGAGUUUUUUCUGUGUUUCGUGUGCAGCAAACAAAUAGCAACAACAACAAUAAAACCACACCACCGGAUUUACAUACAUUUAAGUGCGGGUUUAUUUUCAAGCUUUGCUGUGCCAUUAUUUUGAUUUGACUGUGAGAUUUUUUUUGCAUUUUGUCGGAAGAUCUCGUAAGUUAAAUUGAAACAAAAUAUUCCGGGUACGUAAGUACAAAUAAAUUGUGAUUCUCGACUGAAGUGUGACAAAUCAUAGCGCAUCGAUAAUCAACAAUUUCAUCACAGGGACGAAAAUAUGUCUGAUUUGAUUGAAACAAAGGAAAAUUCAGAGGGAUUAACUCCAUCACAAGAGGAUCGCCUGUUGAGUGAGCCAACCGAUGUGAAUCGUGAGGUUAACAAAGGGGAAGCGAGCUCAGGGCCUGACUCAAAUCUGUCGGUGGUAAAUUCGGAAACAAAACCGAAUAAGGCAAAAACAUCUCGCCCAUACACCGGCACGAUUAAGAAGGAGAUCACAAUCGCCCUCAACUCAAACACUGAGGCCACUGGUGUUAUUAACAUUGAAAAAAGUGGCAAACGCAAUCGCACACGAACCAAAAAUCAAAGAACGAUUGCAAAAAAGAAUGCCGAUCCUACUUCUCGCUUGAAAAACGAUGCCAACGCAACAACACCAAAGCGUGGCCGUGAGCAAGGUGGUACACCACCGAAUGCUAGCCAGGCAACAAAGCGGAUCGACAUAAAAUUGACUCCGAACACAGUACCACCGAAGGAAACUUCGUCGAUUGGAACUGGUUUAGAGUCAAACAUUGAUGGUGAUGGAAAUAAAUCGAAUGAUAUGGUACCACCUGUCCCUGAAAAGGGGCGGUCGAUUGGUUCCAGCUCAUCGGUCCAAAUCCAAACCCAUCCAAAUGAUUCAGUACCACCUGUUACAAGCAAACAGUCGAUUGGUUCUGAAUCCAAUAUUAUUGAUUUAGGUGAAGACGAAGAAGAUGAUACGUAUGCAUCUGUGUCAAAACUAUGCAAAUGUGUUAUCGAUCAACGCGAGCCUGGAUCAAUGACACUGUUGGAUCAAAAUAGAUUCGACAAACUAAACGCUGCAUUGAUUGAUCUAAUGAUGUCACAAAUCGGAAAAACCAUCGUUCUCCCAGAAAUGGAUGAUGUCCGUUUGCACAUUGGCACCAUGCGCGUUCGAUGCAUUAAUCCACAAACCAUUGAAUGGUUGGAAAAAUACGUUCCGACUAUCGAUGUGAAGAAAUUGUGGAAGGAUGCCAAAUUGGUAGUGAUCGACUUCAAGGAUAUACCGAAGCCAUUCAAAUUUAACGUUUGGAUUCGUGGUAUCAAAAAAAGUCCCCAGGAUAUUUUUAAAUUACUGGAGGCUCAAAAUGUAAGUCGAGGCAUUACAACUAAAAGUUGGACUGUUUUGCAUUCCAAAUUCGAAAAUGGUGGCACGUCGAUGACCAUUGGUGUCGGACACGAUUCCUUUGAGAGUUUGGUGAACAAUCCCAACUCACUGUACUGUGGCGUGAGCAGGGCAGUUUUUACAAUGAUCAAAAGUUGUAAAAAAAAUCUUGCCAUGCUUUCAAGUGACACUACUUCUGGUGAUGAUCAAGUCGAACAGAUGGAAGUCGACCCAGCAGUAGAGGUUCACCAAUAAAAGUUUGGUAAUGAAUGGCGUCCCAAAAUAUGACCAAUCUCACAUUAAACCAAGAUAAAUUUGAUAGUUUUGACAUCAAUUCUAAUUCGGAUUUCAGUAAUUCCGCUCCAAUCCAUGAAGAUAUCGAUGUCAAACAGAUUAACUUGCACCAUGCAAAAAGCGCUACUGAUCUUUUAGGUAAUGCUUUGCAUAUGGCGCAAACAGUCAAAUCAAAACUUAUAAUCUUGGUUCAAGAACCGUAUAUUCUCAAUAAUGAGAUAUGUGGUUUUGACUCGCAAAUAUGCAAUGUUUUUUAUUCACCGAAAGGGGAAAAACCCAGAACAUGUAUUGUUGCAACAAAAAAUGUAUCACUUACGCUACUCCCACAAUUAUGCAAUGGUGAUACCACUUCUGUGAUUCUGAACACAGGCAAGCAAGGAAUGAACGAAGAACUAAUUCUAAGUUCUGCAUAUUUUCCUUUCGAUUCAUUAGAAGCAAGACCGGGUAAAAUGGUCAUCGAUCUCACUGAAUUUUGUUCAGUGACAGGUAGACCAUUGAUUCUGGGCUGCGAUACUAAUGCACAUCAUACUUUAUGGGGCAGUAGCGACAUAAAUAAAAGAGGUGAAGAAUUGAUAGAAUUUUUAACCUCAACAAAUCUCGAAAUUCUUAACCGUGGAAGAGAACCUACGUUCAUCACGGAAGUAAGAAGAGAGGUUUUGGAUGUGACCUUUGCUUCUCAAGACAUAGUCGAGAGAAUCAAAAACUGGCAUGUCUCAAAAGAAGAAACGUGUUCUGACCACAGGGAAAUUGUCUUUUCAAUUGGAACUGUUGCUCCAGACACUACAAUCUUCAGAAAUCCAAGAUUUACCAACUGGGAUGGUUUUUUGAAUUCUCUCAAAGGAAAAUUGGAUCAAUUACUAUGGCCGAAUGAAAUAGGAAAUUUUCAGGAGCUCGACCAGGCCGUAGAAAGCCUCACGGGAGCGCUCCAUGAAUCAUUUAUUGAAUCGUGCCCUGGUAGAAUCCGCAAACCAGUCAAAAACCACUGGUGGAGCAAAAAGCUUAGCAUUCUUAGGAAAGAUUGUAGGAAACUUUUCCGUUUUUACCGGAAAAGCCCAGAAGACAUGAAGUCCGUUAGAUGGGAAUCCUACAAAGCUAAGCGUAAUGAGUACUCUUCACAGAUAGCAAUAUCUAAGAAAAACUCAUGGGUGAAAUACUGUAACGAAAUAGAAGGAGUUACAGCUAUGGCACGUGUACACAAACUAAUGGCUAAAGACACACUCAAUAUGCCAAGUGUACUACGACAUCCGAGUGGUGAGUUAACAAACUCUCAUGAGGAAGCAGCGAAACUGCUUUUAGAGACUCAUUUCCCUGGAAGUGAGUCGAUAAAUGCGGAAGAAACUGCCGAAAGGUUUAGGGAUUUGAAUUUCCAGGAGGGUAUUGUGUCAGAUGAGAUCGUCACUUUUGACAGAACUCUAUGGGCUUUAUCCUCUUUCAAACCAUUUAAAUCACCUGGUUAUGAUGAAAUAUUCCCAGUGAUUUUACAAAAAUCAUGGUGCCUAAUAAAUACUCAUAUUAUAGACAUUUAUAGGGCAUCCAUCAAGCUCGGUUAUAUACCAAAGUUAUGGCAAAGAGUUAGAGUUGUCUUCAUUCCAAAACCUGGCAAAGACGACUAUACUCUGCCAAAGUCAUUCAGGCCGAUCAGUCUCACUUCUUUCCUGUUAAAAGGACUAGAACGACUAAUCGAAAAUUUUCUGAAGGACUAUUUAAACAAAAAUUGUCCAUUGUAUAAUGGUCAACACGCAUUUCAGCAGGGCAAAUCUACUGAAACUGCUUUACACUCGCUAUCAACGAUAGUAGAGGAGACCAUAGCUGAGAAAGAAUUCGCGAUGUGCACCUUCCUUGACAUAGAGGGAGCGUUCGACAACGUUUCUUUCAAAGCUGUUGACGAUGCUAUGAGGAAUCGAAACGUGGACAGGCAAUUGAGAGAAUGGGCUCAAAGUCUUCUUCACUCGAGAGCCAUUACGUACGAAACUCAUGGCAGAAGUGCAACCGUUUAUCCCAAAAAGGGCACCCCCCCAGGGGGGUGUUCUUUCGCCCACGCUGUGGAUCCUCGUUAUGGACGAACUCUUGACUAUUUUACAUAAUGAGGGUUUCGAAGUGAUAGGAUACGCAGAUGACCUCACAGUCAUAUGCAGGGGAAAAUUUUUGAGUACCCUAUGCGAAAGAACACAAAGAGCACUAAAAAUCAUUGAGAAAUGGUGUAAAAAAGUCGGUUUAUCGGUCAAUCCGAAAAAAUCAGAAAUUCUAGUUUUCACAAACAAAAGGAAACUAUUAAACUACAAAGCACCCACCUUGUUCGGCACUGAAAUUCCUUUGAAGAAAAGUGUUAAAUUUCUGGGUGUUACGUUCACUCCAAAUUUGAAUUGGAGCGUUCAUCUUGAGCAUCGCAUUAACAAAUGCUUGAGAGUCUUCUGGGGCUGUAGAAGAGCCAUUGGUAGAAACUGGGGCUUAACACCUCGGAACCUACUCUGGCUUCACUCAGCAAUCGUAAGACCUAUGAUCUGUUAUGGAUCCUUUAUUUGGUGGAAAGGAACUACAACUGCGAUGGCACACAAAAGUCUGAGCCAUCUGCAGCGGGUAAUUUGUUUAGCGAUUACGGGCGCAGCUAAAACAACACCUCAGCUAGCACUCGAAUCGCUGCUAAACCUUCCAUCCUUGGAAAAUUUUAUCCAGGCUGAAGCGCAAAUUUCUGCUUUUCGGCAUAAAUCUAUCAUAAACCUGAAGCGUUCCCCGGCAAAUGGUCACUCAGCUAUUCUAAAUAGACUCUUUGACUAUGAGCCUAUGCUUUUAGCUCCAACUGAUAGAACAAAAACCUCCUAUUUCUUUGAAAAAACUUUCAAUGUGGUAUUUCCACAGAGAAAUUCACUGAAUCAGGAGAGUGUGAGCGUCAGCACUCACACCGAAAAAUGGUUCACUGAUGCAUCAGUGAACAAAAAUGGUUCUGGCUAUGGCAUCUUCAAUGCCACUACAGGAUCAGAAUACUGUGGUUAUUUCGGCAACUUUGUCGAUAUAUCACAGGCUGAGUUGGCAGCUAUUCUGAUUUGCUCAAUUGAAAUAGCAAAAGACAACAUCAGCAACACGCCAGUUGAAAUCUACAGCGAUAGUCUAUUCGCCCUAAAAGCGAUAGACGCGCACAAAGUGGAAAAUAAACUAGCAAUUGAGUGUAUCGAUUUGUUGAUACAAAUCUCACGAAGAAGAAAUGUGACUCUUCUCUGGUUACCUGCACACUCCCGCAUCGAUGGGAAUGAAAAAGCGGAUGCACUGGCAAAAAGAGGCACAUUAUCAAUGAUGUGUGGGCCUGAACCCUUUCUCCCUAUAUGCGAGAAGAAAUGCAGAUCCAUAUGUAAUACGUGGUUGAAAGAAAACGUUAGAAAACGUUGGAACGGAACCACACAAUGUUCUAUCACCAGAAGUUUCAUGGCUUCACCAAAUGAUAAAACCACAUCUCAACUACUCAGUCUGGAUAAACUGAGAUUUAGUUACAUAGUGGGAGUCUUAACUGGUCACAUAAGACUAAAUGCGUACCUGAGACGCAUUCAGGUUAGAGACGACCCCGAUUGCGAUUUUUGUGGAAGAGGAGAGGAGACCUCUCUCCACUUCCUAUGCAAUUGCCCUGCACUAAGCCAUAUCAGAAGAAAUAUUUUCGGUAUGGAUAUGCUUACACCAAACGAAGUACUUAAUUUUCACAUCAGUAAAAUUUUUAACUUCGUCUUUAAGUCAGGCAGAUUUUCCACUUUGAGAAGUACUCAUACUGCCGACUCAUCCUUUUUUACAAGACGAUCCAGUAGGAGCAAUGCCUCAAAUGCAUUGCGGCCUUCUGGAAAUGUCACACAGUAAAUAUGGAUGAAAAAACACUUGGGAAUACAGUAGUCAAAUCUUUUCUCUUAAACGGGUAGUUUUGCAAAAGGUCUCAUGACCUACGCGACGAGCAUCCUUGCGGUGCUCCCCACUCAAAUCCAUACAUCCAUACA